AUGGUCAGAGCGUACAAACCAAAGUUUGUGAGCGCGGAGCUGAAGGCGCAGCUGGCAGCGCUCAUGCAGGAGCCAGCGGAAGCUCUGAAUUCCAAGGGCAAGGACAAAUGCGCCAUCGCGGCCGGUAAGAGUGGGGCGGCGUCAAGGAGCUGGCCCAUCCAGCUCGAGAGGCUCGAGACCUCCAAAAGGAAGCUCGCGCGAAUGAGCGUGGCGAGCGGUUUCUUUCUGCCGGCAGUCGCGAGGCUACAGGUGACCGCGGUGGCUCCCGGCGAAGCGCACGCACUCUUCCAGGAACCGUCAGGACACGUCAUCGGCCACGCGGCCGGGACAGAGGCGCACGCACUCUUCCAGGAGCCGUCAGGACACGUCAUCGGCCACGCGGCCGGGACAGAGGGGGACUAUGGCAAUCCUUGGUGGACGUUCGGGCCGCCAAUUCCAGGCGUUCCCGAAAGGACGUUCUGGGCGUUCGUGACCGAGGCGCUGCAGGGGCCGGAGAGCACGGACGCUCUCUGCCGCGAGUUCGAACUCGAGCCCAGCCCUGAGGAGAUGGCCGCGAAGGUUUCCCCGGCCUUGUGGAGCCGAGCGGAGGGCGGCCUGCGGCUCGUACUGGGCGACGCCGCGCUCCCCGGCGGGGCCGCGGAGGGCGUGUGCGCCGUCGCCUCGACGCAGCAGUGGGCGCUCAGGCGCCGCGCCAGGGCCCCCCCUCCGCCUCGGGCCGCCGCGCACGGAGCCCCACCGGCGGCAGAGGGGCGGCCUGCCCGCCGCGGCGGGCAGCAGGAGGCCGUGGCGGCCGCGGCGGCCUCGCGCGGGCCCCGUCUGUCUCGGGGCCUCCUCCCUCUCGCUGCCCCGCAUCGCCAUGAAGGGGGGCUUCCUGGACAAGGCCAUUUCCCGCGAGGCGGCGUCGAAGCCCAGAAGGGAGGAGGAUCGGAGCACGGGCAGAAGGUGUGGGACGAGGGGACCGUCGCCGAGAUGGUGGAG